ACCCUCAAUCUUUUGUCAUUAUCUCCAUCGACUCCAACGAUCGCGACGUAUAAAAGGAAGCAUACCCUACAAAACCCUAGUAUUCUUUGUCACCCGCCUCUUAUCGGAGCAGAUCAAACCCACUGCAGAAGGUUAUGGCUCCAAAACAGCCAAACACUGGUCUCUUUGUGGGGCUAAACAAAGGUCAUGUUGUAACCAAGAAAGAAUUGGCUCCACGUCCAUCUGAUAGGAAAGGGAAAACUAGCAAAAGAGUUCACUUUGUGAGGAAUCUCAUCAGAGAAGUUGCUGGCUUUGCACCGUACGAGAAGAGAAUUACUGAGCUUCUUAAGGUGGGGAAAGACAAGCGCGCAUUGAAAGUGGCCAAGAGGAAGUUGGGCACUCACAAGAGGGCAAAGAAGAAGCGUGAGGAGAUGUCUAAUGUUCUUCGCAAGAUGAGGUCUGCUGGAGGAGGGGAGAAGAAGAAGUGAAUCAUCCACUUUCUUGAUUUCGGUCUUCGAGUUGAAAUGUGAAAUUUCACUUCUUGAUUUACUGCUUAGUAGCCGGAUGCUUGUUUUAUUUUUGCUAGACUUGGAAGACAACCUUAGAAAACUCUUUCGUUCCGAACCAAAUGUGGGAACUAUCCAUGCUUUCUAUUGGACCCUUUUAUUUCUUGAGCCAGAAUUUGAAUGCAACUUUUCGGUCGAAAUACAAUGGAAUGAUGGGUUUACCUCCA